AAAAAAAAGAAAAAAGUUCUUUUUUUCAAAAAUUUAGUACAUAACCUAGAGAAAUCGAUAAUGCAUUGUAUGGUGCGCCAAGGUCAUUGUACAUGUUGCGCAUGUUUUUCCAUUGCAGAAAUCCGACGUCGCGUACGCGAUAUCAAUUUUAUUAAUUAAAAGUAUGGUUUAUUGAAUAACAAAAACAUAGAUUUUCGUUCAUAAUAAUGGCUUGCAAAAAUAGCGUCUUGUUAGGGUACGACGACGAAAUUAUCACCGAUAAACAUGCGUCAGUUGUCAAUUAUAUGACGAACAAAAUUGGUGGAAAACCUGAUUAUCCACCUUCUGUUCAUUUAGAAAAUCCUGUUUGUCCUCUUUGUCAAUUACCAAGACUGUUAAUUCUACAAAUUUACGCUCCUUUAGAUAAUUCAACUUAUCAUCGAACGCUUUACUUAUUUGCGUGCAUAAAUCCAAACUGUUGGAACCACAGUGAGAGCUGGGACUGUGUAAGGGUACAAACCACAGAUCAAUUGGGGGAAACUUCUCACGAACCGCAAUCGAAUUUUAAAUGUACCUCUUUUAAUGUUACUGAUUGGUUUCACGAUGCUGACGAUUGGGGAGACGCAAAUUCGAAUGGGAACGAAGAAAAUGGGAAUUUCGUGGGAAAUUUUGAAAAAAUCUCUGACGAAGACGACGAAAGUUGCAGCACUGAAGAGUCUCUUCGUGCAGCUUUUGGAAAUAUGAUUGUAGAUGACCGCAACGCAAACAUAGAAGUGGUUUCUGGAGCCCAAGGCGCGGUUGCUGAAACAUACCAUUCUUCGCCAAUAUCGGCCGAAAUAGAGGGCGACGAGGGCGAAAUUGUUACCAUUGACACUCCUACCAUCCCCCAAAGAGAUUUGCACUCUCUUCUGCAAGAAGUUCCACCACUGCCGCAAGAAAUCCAACGACACACAGACAAACUUAUCAAUUUACAGUUCGUUCCUCACUUUGUAUCCGUUUGGGAAGAACAAAUCAGCAGUUCUAACAUCAGUGACCAUCACGUCCGAGAACUGCUGACCGAGUAUCAGCAGAAGAACCAAGACGAAUUCAAGGAGACUUCGAAGAACUCCAACAACCAGAAAAUUAAUGACAACCAAGGAGACACAGUUUCUGAGAAGUACGAGAAGAGCCUUCCAGCCCAUGGUGACAGGAUGUUUCAUCAUUUUAUCACCAGGAUUCAAAUGAACCCCGGACAGAUACUUAGGUAUGGAAGGGACGUGGAGGAGCCCCUGUUGGUGUACCCACUGAUGGAAGUCCCUAAGAACUGUGAAAAUUGUGGCGGGAAAAGGAUUUUCGAGUUUCAGAUUUUGCCCACGCUGAUCCAAAAGCUGCGUUUGCCCACCGAUCCAAAGAAUUGUGCUCGAUUAGAAUUUGGGACUGUUCUGAUUUUUACGUGCCAGAAAAGCUGCUGGACUACUGGUACCACCUACGUAAGAGAAGAGGUGAUCCUUCAGGUCGAAAGAUACUAAAAAAAACCGUCAAUAUCGCAAUAUCAAUCGAUUUUUAUUGAUGAUUAGUUUCUAGUACGUAUAAACUGUAAUACUACUUCAAAAUGAUGUUGUACAACAAUUAGGUACUAGAGAAUCAUUUACUUAUCAACUCUACUACGUAUACAUAACUAUUUUAAUGUAUUUUUGAUCUUGAAAAAGGAAAUAUAAACGACUGAG